AUGACCCCAGAUGCAUUCCAAGCUCUCACUUACAGACUCAGCACAACCAAUGCCUUCAGAUCAAUAUCAAGCUUUCGGCAUGUUCAGCAGCAAGUGGCAGUUGGUCUAUAUCAGCUUGGACAGUCAGGAAAUGGUGGUGGAGUUUGUGAUGUUGCAUUUGCCUGCAGUUGCAGUUGGGGCUCAGUUCAUGUGUGGACAGAUAGGACUAUUGCAGGCCUAUACAAGCUGAACAGUGAGGUAGUAACCUUUGCAACUGAAGACGAGCAUGCUAAGGCAAAAGCAUGGGUUGCUGAUAAGAGUGGAGUUGAGGAAUGGUCUAGAGGAUGGUUGGUGGUAGAUGGUACACACAUCAAUCUUGCUUGGAAGCCAGUACUCAAUGCUCACAAGCAUUACUCAUACAAGGGUGAUUAUACAUUCAACAUUGCCCUUGUCUUCCUCCCUCAUUCCUUGUGCAUUGUCAAGUCGGUGGUUGGACAUCCUGGGUCAUCACAUGAUGCACAAGUCUGGGCUUCAGGCAGUGGUAUUGUUGCGAAGCCUCGUUUGCAUCUUGAUGAAGGCGAGUUUGUCUGGGUUGAUGCUGGUUAUGGCUACUCCAGCUACACAGUUGGACUGUACAGCAACACUGCAGCUGCAAAGAGCAGAGAUCUCCACUACUUCAACUAUUCACUCUCCCACAUUCGUGUCAAGGCUGAACAUGGCAUUGCCUACCUCAAGAACUGCUUCCAAUGUCUCAUGGGAUUUCGAGGCAACCUGUAUCAAGAAGAGGACCAUGAGAAAGCUGCACAUACAGUCCAGGCUUGUAUCAUUGCACAUACAUUUGCAAGCUGUUAUGAUCGACCAGAUGAGGUGGCAGAAUACCUUAAGGCAUCAGAAACUCUAUCUGAAGCUGAGGUGCUGGAGACCAUGUCAGGGAUGGAAGCAUAUCAGCAGGCUACCAAAGAUGCAAGGAUACAACGAAGGGAAAACCAGCAGCAAUACAAACAGGAACAGGCUGCUGCCAUGGAGGGCAUGUCUCAGAACUGA